ACGGAGCCGUCAAUCGUAUCUUACAACUUCCGAGUGGCCGUUUGUAGCGCAACAAUGGCAGAGGAUAGCAUGCCAGACCUAAGCAGACCCCAGAUGUUUUUAUUUGGGUGUGUGCUGAAGUCGGAUAAGAAAGAACACAAAGUUGAGGUUGACGACGACGAAGCUGACCACCAGUUGUCUCUGAAAGCGGUUUGUCUGGGAGCAGAAGCUGAGGAUAAGUUCCAUACAGUUGAGAUAGAGGGGGUGACCUACAAUGGCAAGAUGACCAAAAUCCCACUUGCUGUGCUGAAGCCAUCUAUCCUGCCUUCUUUGAGUCUAGGGGGUUUUGAAGUCACUCCUCCAGUUUCAUUCCGUCUGCAGUCCGGAACUGGCCCGGUCUAUAUCAGUGGACAACAUUUUGUUAGUAUGAAGGAAUCUGAUGAGGAAGAGGAGGAGGAGAAUAACACAUCACCAGUAAAGAGACCGUCCAUCAUGGCCUCUGGGAAAGUACCACAGAAAAAGCUUAAAAUGGAUUCAGAUGAGGAUGAGGAUGAUGAGGACGAUGACAGUGAAGAUGAUGAUGAUGAUGAUGAUGAUGAUGAUGAUGAAGAUGAAAAACCAGCUUCAAAGAGCCCCAUCAAAUCCCCAAAGAAAGCCCCAGAAAAAAAGAAGAGUGCAGAUAAACAGAACGGCUCACCAGGGAAAAAAGACGACAAAGCAGGGAAGCCUCAGAGCCAGGUUCAGGUAAAAGGCAAAGACAAGACAGGAGCAGGGCCUUCUGGGAAGCCGCCCACCAAGCCCAGCAUAAGUGAGAUCAGGAGCAGGCUAGCAACGGCAGCUAAAGAGGGGAAGCCGUUUCCUAAGACGGAACAGAAGUUUGAGAACUACGCCAAAAGCGCUUUCAAGAUCUCUGAUAAGCAAGUGAUCAAAGACCUUUGGAACUUUGUACAAACACUGAAAAAGUAAUUGCAGCCUUUGCCGUUCUCUCUCUCCUGCGGUCCUCCGUGCACCAGAAGACUAAGGGUAUCCAGUGACUGCCUUCACCUGUGAAUACUGGCCUCUUCCACACAUGGAAUCUGUCAGCUCCACUAUAAAUGUAGAGAGAGACAUAUAAAUGAGCAGAAAGACAUAGAAUAGUGACAGAUCUUGACCAUCAUUUAGCCAGAUCUACAGCUGACGAUCCCACCAAUGUUUUAUUUAUGGUAAGACAGCUGUAAGAUACCUAGGGUAAUAACCUGGGCAAUUUCUAAAAUGAAAUAUUAUACUGGAAAUAUAUUGUUCAGUUAUUUACAGUAAGCAGCAAAUUAAGACUGGAUUGUGAGUAUUUAAAAAGAGAUUUCUGUAUGAAUCAUGUGGUGUAUCUGAGCAGGUUAGCUUUUGCACUACAGUACUUUCUUCUGGGCCGGCUUGUUUUGGUAAAUUUUUUGAAAUGUUGGUCUUUUGUGUAAAUAGUGCUAUUCAUUUUAAUGUGCAAACAUGGCAGCUGAAAUAUUGCUGAAGAUUCUGUCUGGUUCUGAGUAUUCCGUCUGGCUCUAAGUGUUCCGUCUGACUAAGGAUUUCGUCUGGCUCACAGUAGGUCUGAGGAUCCUGUCUGGCUGUGGCUCCAUAGCUCUCUGUCAUUUACAUGCUCUAAGCUGGAAAUGUUGGUGAGCUAAGCCUCUCUGCCCAGGCAAUGUAGUCAUAUAAAGUGAUCAUUUAAGAGGUUACCCGCAAUCCCGUUGCCAGAAAAGGACAUUAAAAAAAUGGUCAUUGGCUUUAUUUGUGAAGUGAGUUCACAUCAUUUCUUCAGCUCUUUUAUUGCUAUGAAUUCUAGUACUGAUGUUAAUUAUGUUCUAGUAUUACAUUUUGUUGUUCCUCUAACUUUUGUAUUUUUUGCUAGUUGUCUUAUAGCUAAAACUUGCAAACGUGUUGGGGUCACCUAAUGCUAGAGCGAACCUGUUCUUUUUUUUUUUUUUCUUGUUUGUUUUAACAGUUAACUGAGAGGGUAAAAUGUUUGUUCUUACAGUAUACAGUGUGAUGUUUGUUUAUAUCUUAAUAAUGGCAAAUUGGAAAAAAAAAAAAAAGCUUGCUGACAUUUAUGGCAAAAUACCCUGAUUGAACAGUUAGGUCUAGCUAUUAAAUAAUGAUUAGUGCUUCUAAUUAUAAUAUUGUGUAGUAGAGUAAAUUGCUCAUUUGUAAUACAUACUCCAUGAUGACAAAUAAUUAUACACAUGGAACUCUCCUGUUGCAUUUUCCCUGAGAGGUGGCUAAGCAGUUUCAUGAACGAACGCUUACCUCUGAUCUGUCCGAAUGACUGGCCGUGCUCUGUCAAAGUCAAAUUUAAUUAUAUAGUGUUUUUUACAAUGCUUGUAACUGAUCUCAGAAUCUCUCCUAUGACAGCCUCUUUCCAUUGUCCAUGUCCAUCACAUUUCAGGUUUGUUGAAUUAUUUGUUUGCAAAUACUGUUUUACAGUUUAGCAUAUCCACGUUUAUAAUAGCCGUGGAAUGAAAGGAAUUAAACGAUUCUGAUCCAG